ACGUCAUAGUAUUUUAAGAAAUUUGAGGUUAUGUUUCCUUCGCAAAAAGAUACAUAACACAUAAACUCUUAAGAAUUUAGGAAACAUACAAACUCAACUAUGUUAAGCGCGAUUAGAAAUACGUUGCGGGUCCCGUUCAUAAACGCGGCGCGUAUGUUCCAAACGUCAGCUCCCCUGGAGACGGAGAAGUUCGACCACAAACGUAUUCCAGCCACUGAUGAAGGUGUCCAGGGAGAGAAGAUCGUGGAUUUAGAUGCUGUGCUUAAACAAAAACAAAACCUAUUUCCGACCCUAGAAUCGGAUGACCAGCUAUUCGAUGGGAUGCCAUACAAGCAACUGCCAAUUUGCAACAUCCGCGUCAGCCACAAUAACACCAUCAUCACCAUGACCGACCCCCUCGGGGCCGUAAAAAUCAUCAAAUCCUGCGGCAUGGAGGGGUUCAAGAAUACUAAGAAGGGAACUAAUAUUGCUGCACAGACUACAGCUAUUAGUUUAGCUACAAAAGCAAUUGACAGAGGGUACAAGACAAUCAGAGUAAGAGUGAGAGGCCUAGGACCAGGUAGACUGGCUGCAAUAAAGGGCCUCCAGAUGGGAGGCCUGCAGGUGGUGUCCGUCACGGACGCCACCCCCGUGUCGUGGAACCCGCCGCGCCCGAGGAAGGCGAGACGACUUUAAUGUAGCAUUUAUAUUAACUCACUCUGUAGUAUUGAAAAUAAAAUUCUGUAUAUUUAAAAUAAAAAUCUUUAUUAAAAAAGAUUUAUUUU